CAGGAGCGUAUACAUAUAUGAACAGCUAGUCGCGCAUACCGGAAAUCACACAUUUACACGCACCCAUUCAUCCAUACACAUAAAAAUAUCUAAAUAUCUUUUUAAAUAGCGUCAAUUGCAUCAAAUACCAUACCAUAAUAUUCAUCAUGUUGAGAGCAGUGUCUAUGAUUCGUGCUACUAAUGUCUCGGCUGUUGGUUCAGCUAUCAAUCGACUAGCUACCGCACGCUACCACGACUCGGUAAUUGAUCAUUACGAGAAGCCCCGCAAUGUUGGCUCGAUGGACAAGAAGGCCUUGAACGUUGGCACGGGUCUUGUUGGUGCCCCUGCCUGUGGAGAUGUCAUGAAACUACAAAUUUUGGUAGACGACGAUGGUAACAUUAAGGACGCUAAGUUCAAGACAUUCGGAUGUGGUUCGGCCAUCGCGUCUAGUUCUCUCGCCACCGAGAUGAUCAAGGGCAUGAGUCUAGAAACUGCUGGUGCAGUCAAGAACGCCGACAUUGCGAAAGAGCUGCGUCUGCCCCCUGUCAAGAUUCACUGUUCACUUCUGGCUGAAGACGCUGUGAAGGCGGCCAUCAAGGAUUACAAGCAGAAGCUGGCAAAAAAACAAGAACGUGAGGCCGCUUCUGCUUAAUUUGGCAAAGGAGUGUAUAGUUAAGCCAAUAGGCGCGCUGUGUGGCCAGUUUCAACAAGUCCGGUUUCGGGCUGAUUGAUAAGCAAGACGGCAGUAGUAGCUGUAGUAUCUUUCUUUAUAAUUUAAGAUUUUGACUGUAUAUGUGCAAACUGGACAGUGCCAAGCUAUUUGCGAGUCUGAGGGUUCCAUAGCCGUAUCCGUGCUUUUUUUGCUCAUUAAUUGAGCUUCGCAGCAUGUUGUUUAUCGCGUAUUCGUACGAACGGUCGCGAUCUGCUAGCCGAAAACUGAAGAUUGACGUGUAGAGAUCAGAUUGUAACAUCUGCCAACACGUAGCUGGCUAUCAACUCUGCCAGUGAUUCAGGCGAGAUAAAGCCUGACAAGUUCAUCAACAAUAAACAUUUGUACGCGAA